AUGGAGAAUGAAACAAUGACCGGAAGUUCAAUAGCAGAGUCAUGUAAACAGCGAAGAAGAGGUGAUGAAGUCCCGAAGAAGAAGGGUAUGAAAGUUCCAAAAUGGGUGGAAUCCUUAACAAAGAAAACAUUUUUUGGUAGCUGUCCAGUCCAUGAUGAGCUUGAACUGAAUGGGUAUUGCAUUGAGUGUGAUUUAGCUGUGUGCAAGCACUGCAUUAUCUCAUCAUCAUCAUCUCAUCAUCAACAACACAACAUCCUCAAGAUUUAUCGACAUGUGUACCAGGAUGUUGUUCUCUUCGAUGAGAUCAAACCAUACCUUGACAUCUCCAAAAUCCAGCUGGAAGCUUGUUCAAUUGAGAAGACUGAUGAUGAGGAGAAUCAAAACACAACAAAUUCCCGCAAACGCAAAAGAAAGGCAACUCCCCACCGAGCACCCUUCUUCUAA